AAAUGAGCUGCAACGACAAGAGCGACGGCAUCUCGAAGGAGGAAUGGCAAAGCCGUCUCGAAACGUUUCCGUUCAAGCAGGACGACAUUAACAAGCUGAUUAUGAACUACCUGGUUACGGAGGGGUUUAAGGAGGCGGCAGAAAAGUUCCAGGCCGAAUCGGGUGUCGUACCAUCCGUCGAUCUGAACUCGCUCGACAACAGGAUACUGAUCCGGGAAGCGGUCCAGAAUGGUUUCAUACAGGAAGCCACCCAUCUGGUCAACCAGCUACAUCCGGAACUGCUCGAUAACGAUCGCUAUCUCUACUUCCAUCUGCAGCAGCUUCACCUGAUCGAGCUGAUCCGUGCCGGAAAGAUCGAGGAAGCGCUUACCUUCGCCCAAACGCAAAUCUCCGAAGCGGGCGAAAGCAACCCGGAAGUGCUGAACGAGCUCGAGCGUACGCUCGCACUGCUCGCGUUCGAAAAACCGCAGCACAGCCCGUUCGCCGAUCUGCUCGAUCAUACCCACCGUCAGAAGGUGGCCAGCGAGCUGAAUGCGGCCAUCCUGAAGACGGAACAGCAGGAACAGUCCAGCCCGCGCAUGAUCAACAUCCUCAAGCUGAUACUGUGGGCGCAAACUGAGCUGGACAAAAAGAACGUAAAGUACCCGAAGAUGAUGGGGUUGGCGUCUGGCACUAUCGAGCCAAAAUAAUGU